AUGAUUAUCUACGAGGACAUCAUCUCCGGAGACGAGAUUCUCUCCGACACCUUCAAGAUCAAGCCCGCGGCUGACUGCCCCAUCCUCUGGGAGACCGACUGCCGCAAGUAUCUCAAGAAGGCCAACGAGGACUUCGAGCUUGAGGGCGCCAACCCCUCUGCUGAGGGCGGUGGUGACGACGAUGGUGGUGACGGCGAGGCCGUCAUGGUCCACGACAUUGAGGACCAGUUCCGUCUUGUCUGGCUCAAGACUGAGGAGGGCCUGAAGCCUUCCAAGGAUGCCUUCAAGGCUCACUUGAAGACCUACCUCAAGAAGAUCCUCAAGAAGCUCGAGGAGACCGGUGCUUCCGCCGAGAGCAUUGCUGAGUUCAAGGCCGGUGCCCCCGCCGCCAUGAAGAAGAUCACCGCCAACUACGACAACUACGAUGUCCUCAUGGGCCAGUCCAUGGACGGUGAUGCCAUGCACGUCCUGAUCGACUUCCGUGAGGAUGGUGUUACCCCCUAUGCCACCGUCUGGAAGCACGGCUUCAAGGAGGUCAAGGUCUAA